AUGGAAAACCCCUGGAGGAGGAGGAGGAGGACGCAGGCGGUGAGAUGGAAGUUGAACUCGUUGCUGCUCUGUUUAUUCACCGGUGGUAGUGAGGCCCAGUGUGAGGGCUGUAUAGAGUACUGCUGCGAUGGGUCGCCGCCUUUCUGCUGUUCCUACUACGCCUACGUGGGAGAUGUCCUCUCGGGCACUGCCAUCUCCGGUAUUGUUUUUGGCGUGGUGUUUUUGAUGGGAGCGGUGGCAGCUUUGUUCCUGUGUGUGUGCAUGUGCAUGAAGAACGGGCGGGGUGCGCGGGUCGGCGUGUUCAGCACCUCCUAUAACAUCAGCACCGUGACACAGGGCUAUCCAGGUCCCCCGCCUCCAUACACCUAUGACUGUGAGAUGUACCCUCCAUCCCUUCACCCCCCGCCCUACACCCCAACACAGCCUAGAUCAGCGAACUACUCCCCACCUCCUCCUUACCCCGGCUGCACCCGAAAGUGAAUCCCUUCUGCGCUGAACGUGCACCGGCCAGCUCGGGUGAAGCCGCCGUGGCCCAGAUUCUCAGACACGGAGACGCCUGUGCAUCCCCCGAACUCUAAAGCAGAGAUGGCGCAAUUUGGGUGUGACCACCAAAAAUUACCACACUGAAAACACAAACAUAACCGGCAGGCCAGAAUACCCGGUUCAGCUUUCCUGCAUUUCUGCCGCUCUGGAGUUGAGGACACGGUGGGGAAGUAAUUAUUUAGCAAAAUGUGGGUCAAGCUGGCCAAAGAGCCUCAUCUCGGCUGAUCAUAGACUUAACAGUCAGCAGCCCUGCUGGCCUGCAGCUGGCACUUCUUGCCCGCUAAUAACCGAUAUCCCUUAUCCGUCCCCACCUGUGCACAUCAGAGGCAGCGCACCGCUCAAAUGAUCACUUUUGUCAACACGGAGGGGAAAGCUGGCAUCACUUGAGGCAAAAAACACAGACACAGUGGAGACUUUGGUUUUGCAGCCCUCCAGUUUUUUGUUUUUGUUAAAUUAAAUGUGAUUAAAUGUGUUUUAAACAAGUCAGGUCUGGACCUGCCUGUCACACACAGACUUGAAUAUAACUCAUAAUAAUGCCAAUCUUAAUAGAAUGGAUGGCUUGAAAUGACUCGUCAGUAAAUGAAUUGUUUAUUUUUAAUUGCCUUACUUGAAGCAAUGUGGUAUGAACUGGGUUUUGUUGUUUAAAUUCUUGAACUAAAAUGGUAACACGUUGAUUGUGGAAUUACACCUGAAGGCUGACUUAAAAAGAUUUGAAUCUAAAGUGAACGCAGCCACAGCACAAUGAAGUCACUUUCCCGGUCCUGACUGUGAACGAUGGGAAGGAUUUAACCAUGUAAAUAUUGAGAUAAAUAAAGUGCUUCUUUACUGUUGUCGGUGUUGUAAAUAAAACGUGUUUUUU